AGGUAUUUAGAGAUUAUUAAAUUGUUGAAAUAUCACCAUCCGAUCACUAUAAAUGGGGUUCCAACAUCCAAGAUCACCAGUCCUUUGAAAGAAUAUAUCCACCAAAUGAUGACUAAUGAUGCAACGGUUGAUAUUUAUUUAUCAUUUCGACUUCAACCCAGUGAUCCUGAUUUCCCGUACGAUGUGGAGACGUUAAAUUUCAGUCUUCGAAUCCCAGGAAAUUAUCCUUAUCGGAAAGAUGCAUUACCUACGAUUGUUGUUUUGAACGAAGAAAUACCUCGAGGAUUUGCGGUUAAUGUCGAGGUUGGAUUCAAAAAAAUCGCCGGUAUUGCUAUUGCCGGAGAAAAGUAUGUGAUCAGUAGGGAAGAGGAAGACGAGGAGAUUGCCAUUGAUUUGGUGGAAGGUAAAGGGUUACUAUCGCAAAUCAAGACUCUUGAUAAGUAUUUAGAGGAAUUUUUAAAAGAAGAGAAAAAGCAAACAUUCAAGUUUAUAACUUUCAAAGAGGAUAAAAAGAAGAACGAAAUGCUCGCUAAACAAGAGCAAGAGCAGCAGAAGAGACAACAAGAGAAACUAAGACAGAAGAAGAUUCAUGAAGAACAACAACAGAAUAAAGAGGUUGAUGCCGGGGUCAUCAGAAGACGUAACGAGCUCAUUGAAGAAAUGAUGAACAAGCUAGGCUCACACCUCAAACUAUUCAGUAAGAACUCUAACGAAAAUAAGUACCAAGUUAGUAUACCGAUCUACGAGGGAGGAAUCCCCGAAUUAUGGAGAUUCAAUCGAGAAUUAAAAAUCAUCAUGCACAUCCCCAUCGACUACCCGGGCACCCCAGUGACGCUUUCGCCGUUGAACAACUUCAACACCAAUCUAAUGCUCAAGUAUAAGAAAUCCCUUGAAAAUCAGGAAUCCACCAAGUUAAUCUCGUUAGUGGAGGAAGCCAAAUUUUUCGAAAAAAAAAUGAUCUCCAACUUCAACAAGAGCAACUUUGCCCAACCGGCUCACCAGAACUUGGUCUACGUGGUGAACUACUUGGCCAACAACCUAGUCAAACUA